ACUACUCUUCACCCUCCUGCCAACUCACUCUCAAUCAAGUUGCCAUGAAGUCCUACAUCGGCGUUGGAAUUGCUGCAUUGCUGCUGCCAGGGGCUAUUGCGCGUACCUUCACUGUACGCAACGCUUGCCCCUUCACGAUAUGGCCCGCAAUGUUCACUGAUCUGAACGUUGCCCAAAAUGUGCCCUCCUUCGCAACUGGAUGGGAAGCUGGGGCAUCCACCCAAGUCAACUUCGCGGUUCCUGACAACUGGAAAGCUGGACGCAUUUGGGCUCGUCGUGACUGCGACUUCUCGACCAAUCCCGGCCCCAACUCCUGUCUAGAUGGCGGAUGCAAUGGAGGUUUGGAAUGUGACCCACACACUGGCACUGGUGUUCCUCCAGCCACAGUGGCUGAAUGGACGCUCCAAGGCGACGGAAACCAAGACUUCUACGAUGUCUCACUAGUCGACGGUUACAACCUACCAAUGAGGAUUGAUAACAAUGUGGGUUGCCCAGUCGCUGACUGCCCUGUUGACUUGGGACCGAAUUGCCCGACUCCCCUCAAAGGGCCUUUUGACUCUACUGGUUUCCCUGUCGGCUGUAAAAGUGCCUGCAACGCCAAUCUGGAUGGCAACCCAGGAAACUCUGCCAACUGCUGCUCAGGCUCCCACAACACCGCGGCCACCUGUCCUAGUUCCGGUGUCCAGUUCUAUAGCUACUUCAAAGGAAACUGCCCUAACGCAUACGCCUACGCCUUUGACGAGUCGAGUGGUACUGCCCUCUGGACCUGCAAUUCCGGCCUGAACGCCGACUAUACCCUGACUUUUUGCCCAUAAACGUCUCUUAUUCGUGUUAUACGGUUACCCCUCAAUCGUCGGACUUGCAUUUACCUAGGUACCUACCCUCCAGGCUGCUUUGAUAUAUAUUGCAUGUAUACUAAGUACCCUCAACAUAACGGAGAAUGCGUGCGAAUUG